GACGAACACCACGCAUCAGACUCUACAUCCUACACAAGCUGCCUGCCUUUUGUGACCCAGCGCCUCAAUCUAGCAGUGAUACCGUCUUCUACUUCAUCUGGAUACAGCGCAGCACAGUGUUCCAUCUCUGCUGAGCGCAAGCACAAGAAUGGACGAUUUGGCCAGCGACGUUGCACACCCUAGGCCCACAUCAGAUACGCGCCAUGACGCAGUCAGUACGGCCGCCGACGAAGACUUUUGCAGAGUCUGUCGCUCAGAAGGCACAGACGACGAUCCGCUCUUUUACCCAUGCAAGUGCUCUGGCUCAAUUCGAUAUGUCCAUCAAGACUGGUAAUUCACUAAGCUACAAGAUGCAAUCACAAGACAACUAACCAUCUGCAGCUUAAUGGAAUGGCUGCAACACUCAAAGAAGAAACACUGUGAGCUUUGCAAGACACCUUUCAAAUUCACAAAAGUCUAUGAGACAAAUAUGCCGCGUAUCCUACCCUUGCGACACCUCUCAAAGACGCUCUUUCGAGAUGCAAAAGUCUUCACGGUGCUCAUACUACGCUGGCUGCUUGUGUCGUUUGUAUGGCUUGGCUGGCUACCCUACUGCACGCGUCAUAUCUGGAAUGGAGGUCUACGCUUCGGUGAGUCAAUGACAUUCUUCUAUACCCUGCUAGGCAUCCUUCCCUGGCCCAGCAAAACGGACUCGUCAGCAGCAGCUUCCACAACAACAAGCGUCGUCGAUACUACAGAAACGAUCGUUGCGAAUACAACAGCAGCGAUCCGUGAUACAUUCUUGCCGUCACCACUCCAUAACCUGACACAAUCAGAAUACGUCAAUCGCGUGAUUGCGGAUGUUUUUGAGGGGCAAGUCAUCACGUCCAUCAUUAUCGUUGUUUUUGUCGUUGUCUUUUUGAUUCGGGAAUGGAUUGUUCAGCAUAAUGCAGAGAUGCUCGCUGAAGCAGGUCCAUUUGCACCACCCGUCCAAGUCGAUGAUGUGGAUGUUCUCCAACGACGCGAACAACGACGUCAGCUUGCACUGGCGGAAGUCGAGCAGCAUCGAGAAGCAAUGAGAAUAUUCGAUCCAGUACGGCUUGUCGGUCAAGACCCCGACGUUGUUGAUGACGACCAUGCAGUCCCUGUCGAUGCAUUGGCAAAUGGAGACAAUGCCUUGCAACCUAUGGGACAGCAUCUCGUGAAUGCCGAGGCCCCUGAGGGUGGCCCGAUAGAGCGGCAAGGCAACGAUACCGUCCGUGCAAUAAACGACACACGCAGUCAAGCACGACUCAAUGAUCCACAAUACGACGAUGCAAUGGCAACAGCCACUACGAAUGGGGACGACAAUGCAGAACACCGUACGACAGCCGAAGAGCGAGCACUGCGGCGUGAAGCGGCGUUACGUCGAGCUGAGCAACGAUUCGAGGAUCAGGAACGUCGUCGAGGUGCAGAGAUUGGGUUGUUGGGUGCUACUGCGCCUUCAGCAUCCGUGAGUCAAGCAGCUGAGGACGCGUCAGAGCGUAGAAUGACACGGUCGGCGAGUAGGACGCUAGCACUUGAACGACAACUUGCUCAACAAUCUGGUACAGCGACCGUUGAAGAGGCGCGUCAACGCGCAGCACGGGAACGCAGUGCAGAGCGGAAAGCGUGGGAUGCACGUAGGGAAGCGGCUGGUGAUGGUCGAUUUGAUGAGCAGUAUCCUGAUUCGCCUAUGCCUCUUCCUGCGCAAUUGGCAGAGGAGGACGGAGAAGAGAAUUUCUACCUGAAUGGUGGAGAAGCUGCAAAUUUGCUGGAUAUGCCUGAUGUACGAGGCUCAAGCUCACGGGCUUUCGCAAAUACUGCCGCGUAUGUGAACGACCCUGCAUCAGGCAAUCUCAUGUCAGAGAACGAUUUUCUAGAGAUGCUCAGAACCGGUCGAAAUAUGGCCAAUGACGACGUCCUCCUGGCAAGUCUUCGAGUAAUCAUUGCUACCACGCUGCAAGGAACAAAUAUUGUCGAACGGCCCGAGUCACACUCCAGGGACGAGACCUUCGACAUCUUGGUGCAUCGGUUGGUUGAAAUUGAGAGAUCGGCAUUUGUAUCAGAUGUUGAUCUCGACUGGCAACGGCAAGUUGCCAUUCAGUUUGAAUUGCGAGACACGAACCCUCACUACCGAGCGAUUGCGCUUUCAGACUUGAUAGCCGGCGUCGAGCGUGGCAUUCAGGCCCAAUAUGCAGAACCAGAGCGACAGUUUCCUCCAGUGCAACAUGUUGAUGUUGCUGUCAAUGCAGCGCAGCAGGCAGAGGAUGCCCUUUUUGACGAGAUGGAAGCGGCAGAAAUGGAUGAAGAUAUCGAAGGUCUCUUGGAACUCGUCGGUGUACGUGGCCCAAUCAUCAACUUGCUACAAAACUCCAUGCUCGUUGUUGUGCUCAUCUCAACAUUCAUCUUCUUUGGCAUCUCCAUCCCAUAUAUGUUUGGUCGAGGCAUACUCGCGGCAAUCUGGGAUCCACAAGCCUAUGUGAUGAACUGGAUCGGGAUCUACAAAGAUAUUGCGAGUCUUGCUGCUCAAUCGGUCCGCGAUGUCUACUUCCUGCUGGCUCUUGCAAUCAGCCUCAUGUAUGUCGCAAUGCUCUCUUUGAUCCAAUUUUCCGCUCCGAUGUUUCGGCCUUUGUUGCCAUACGUCCGACGCUCACCAUUUGCUCUUUGGGUCAUCAAGAAGUUCCUAGAUGUUGACUUCUGGUUGAGCGAUGCAGUCCCACGCAUGCUCAAAAGUGCCGAGGCAAGUAGAAAUCGAACCACUGCAUCUGUGUUGGAUACAUCGAUCGACCUAUUAAAGACUUCAACGGCAGACAACACCUUUUGGAAGCCUGUGGCGGAAUUACUCGGCCCACUUGGAAAUAACAGCCACCUGAAUGCCUUCGUCAAGCGUGCGUUUACCGCAUUUUCUCCCAGAGCCAACGCCAUCAUUACUGGCUAUGCUGUCAUCGGUCUCACGGGCGCCUUGUAUUUGAAGCUCAAUCGACGCGUCACAUGGUCAGAGACUGGUCGUCAAGUGGAAGUUGCCCUUCGCGCCAUGAUUCGGCAAGCUGGGUACGUGCUGAAAUUCAUCAUCAUUCUCGGUAUCGAGCUGGCCGUCUUUCCCUUAUACUGCGGCGUCUUGCUGGACUUGAUUUUGAUUCCCCUCUUUACAACUGCAACAAUCGCUGAUCGCAUCAAUUGGCUGGCCCAGUACCCUUUCACAAGCAGCUUUAUACAUUGGUUCGCGGGAACCAUCUAUAUGUUCCACUUUGCCUUGUUCAUCUCCAUGUGCCGACGCAUCGUGCGGCCUGGUCUGCUCUUCUUUGUGCGCGACCCGGAUGACCCAGAGUUCAACCCAAUCAAGGAAAUCUUGGAACGACCUAUUCGUUCACAAAUGCGCAAGAUUGGACUAAGCAUCUGCAUCUACGGCACUUUGAUUGUCGGUGGUGUCGGGAGCGUUGUCUUUGCCGUGAGACGCUGUGUACCUGGCUUGUUGCCUCUGCACUGGACAUUCAAGGGACACAUCACGCCCGUCCCAGUUGACGCACUCGUCUUUCAACUUCUCCUCCCAGCCUUUUACCGUUACUUUGAUUUGAGUCAACGUUUCCAAACAAUCUGGAAGAAGUGGUUCACCUUGUCUGCGAGCAAAUUGCGACUAUCAUCUUUUAUUAUGGGUCAUCGAGUUAUUGAAGAGGAAGAUCGUGUCAAGCAAGGGGACAAGUACACUGUCCGAGGAUCGUUCAGGCGUGUGCCACAAACUGAUUCGAUUCCGAUGCGCAAGCUCCAACGACCGAUGAUCAUGCGUGUCACUGAAGACAAUGUACUUCUUGACAAGAAGGGAGAAGAGGUGGACGAUACACGAGAGGAUCCAAAUUACACCGUGGUCUAUGCUCCGCCGGCGUUCAGGCUUCGAAUCUACCUGUUUCUACUAUCUGCAUGGUUCUUUGGUGCAGCGGCAGGUGUUUCCGUCUGUGUCAUUCCUUUGCUCUUUGGUCGAAAAGCGGCUCAGUCCUUGGCACCAGGCGUUGUUGUCAACGAUGUCAUUUCAUGGUUGUAUGGCACCUUCGCCCUCAUCAUGGCUCUAGGGCUCUUUAGUGGCCUGGCUCGUGUUGUCACUGCUCUCUCCCACGUCAAGCAGCUCAUGGAGCAUCCAGAACAGGUUGCUGCCAAAAUCAGUCAAGUGCUGCGGUUUGCGGUCAAAUGGCUCUACCUGGGCAGCAGCUUCGGGGUGAUGAUCCCUCUUGCAAUUGGCCUGUGCAUGCGUGCCUACAUCUACUCACCACUAGCACUCUUGAAGCCUUCGAAUAUGGUACCAGUCAUCUCCAUCAUGCAUGAUUGGUUGAUUGGUGCAGUUUACAUCGUCAUCAUUACUCGUGUCGCUUUGUACAUGCCUGGGUCACAGAUGGCCACUGCCAUACAAGCUGUCGGUCAGAACAACUGGACAGAGGGCUGGCGAAACCCACAGAUUGGUGUAGCGACGCGGCGCCUCAUUGCACCUGCUUUGGCGAACUUGCUGGCCGCUCUGCUUGGACCUGCGGCGCUUGGCUUCCUUGCUCUCAAGACACACUAUCGACAUGCAAGUGCAGAAAUGAGUGCCAUUGUCAUGCGAAUGUCUUAUCCUUCUGCCGCACUGGCAGCAGCUGCCGUCUCGAUGACCAAAGUUGGGCAGAUUGUGUGGCGUCGAUACCGUCAACGCAUCCGAGAUCAUGUCUAUAUGAAGGGGUCUGUGCUACACAAUUACAAGGCUCGCUCUCCGCCAGCUGCCGUGCUGCAGAAGACUGAAGGCAUCCCUGUGCUCCCAAAUCAGACGAUUGACGAGCAGAUGCCAGCACUGGCCAACUAGGUCACGGUUCGUAGACUUUGCUUGGCACAUAUAGCCGUGCAUUUAUAGAUUACCAUGAUGAACCCAUGGACAGUAUCACGGAUGGUCAGCUGUAAGGGAGCUCAUCAUUUGAUCCUCAAACUCCAUG